AUGAAUAUUCUCCAAUACGAACAUGCACAACUCUUCAACAACACUUGUCCACAUCCAACAAUGACCUCAAAUACCUACAGGGUCAUCCGAGCCAAACAAACCCAAAGUACAAUCACCGUGUACCAAGCUUAUUCCCCCGAGAUAGCCGAACCAGCACUCAAAGCCCAAACAUUCGUCCCUCCAUUCUCACGAGAGAGAAUGACAUGGAUCAAACCCUCUUUCCUAUGGAUGGCAUACCGAUCAGGCUGGGCAACAAAAUCCCGACAGGAGCGUGUCCUAGCGAUAGAGAUUACCCGCGAGGGAUUCGAAUGGGCAUUGCAGCAUUGCUGUUUGAGUCACUAUAUGCCUGGUAAGGAGACAAGCCAAGGGGAAUGGCAGAAGAAACUGCGCGCUAGUCCAGUGCGCGUUCAGUGGGAUCCCGAGCGGGAUCUUUCACUUCGUCCUUUGGAUUAUCGAAGUAUUCAGAUUGGAUUGAGUGGGGAGGCUGUUCGGAGAUAUGUUGAUGAGUGGAUUAUUUCGGUGACUGAUGUGACUGAUACUAUGAGGCAGAUCGAUGGAUAUCUUAAGAGUGGCGAUGUCGAUUCUGCUAUGAGUUGUCUGCCUGAAGAGACUUCGUGUAUUUUACCUCAAGAUUUGCAGGAGCAUCUUAGCAUGAAAUAA